AUGGCCCUCGCUUCGAGGGUAGACGGUCAGGCUGUCCAAGCGAAGAAGGACCGGCGGCUGGCGGUGGGAGACAGCAAGAAAGGCAAACUGGCCAAGACGCACGAUUUUGGCCAGUUCGAGGAGACAAUGAUAUUGAGCCUCUCGGGAGACAAAAUCAAGUUGCUGGACGAGAUCAAAGCAAAGAGAAUUCCGACAAAGGUCCGUACGACUACAGCUCCUACGACUCGGACGACGAGCAAGAAUAAGAGGCCGAGCAUGGCUGGGGGCGGAUCGGCACAGCAGGAGUCGAAAAAUGAGAAGAAGAGAAAAACGAAGCUGACGCCUUCAUUCUCCCGCCGGAUGCGAGGGCGCAAGACGGAAGAGGGCAUGAUCCACGACACGCCCGGGGCGGCACAUCUCGAUUUCUUCAACGAGAUGGUGAUGCGAUUGGGCCGGCAGGGUUUGGCUGAUUUUGGGCUCGUUGUUCUCAAUGUAGAGCGGUUUGAAACUCCGAGAAAUAGCUAA